AGACAAACUAUUGUCAACUGCAGUUCAGAGGAACAGAAAAAUCAGAGGUGGAUAAGGAAACAAGCUGCGAGAUCACAAAAAGGCAGUGCUGAUAAAAAUCUGUGCUAUUCCUGCAUCUGGACAUUUGGAGAAACAGAAGCCAUGAAGCACCAGGCCAUGGUUUGCCUCUUGUUGUGGCUCACAUUUGAGCCUGCCCCAUGCAUGCAUAUCCGGACUUCUCAAGGCUCCAUGGUGGAACUGCCCUGUUACACAUCAGAAAGUGACAUACCUGACGCAAAAAUUACCUGGACAUUUAACGGACAAAACAUUAGUGACACUGCCCUGUCACCUGGCUCAGCAAAACAUGUGAAGAAAGGUUUUUACGUCUCUAUAUCUUCUGUAUCUGCUGCCAGCGAGGGCGAGUAUGUGUGUGUGGCAGUGUGGGAACAAGGAGAGGCGACGACUACGUACAGCCUCACAGUUGAGUCUUUUCACACCACUGUUAAGGUGACCGAGGACUCGACUGCAUACCUUCCAUGUUACUUACCAUCUUCCAGCGAAGAUGGUAACAUCUCUAAUGCAAAGUGGUUCAAAGAAACCGGUGUUGGUAAAAAAACAAGACUAAACACAGAAGAGGACGACUCAGGAGAUGCAAAAAUUGAACUGGUUUUACCAAAUGAUCAAGAUCAAACCAUCAUGAUAAAAAAAACUAACAUGGGGGAUGCUGGGGUUUACAUCUGUGAGUCUGCUGAAGGGAAAAGGCUGAACUCUUUACAACUUGAAGUUGAAGCUCUUCCCAAAUCUUCAUGCAAAGACCUAAUCGAAGGGCUGGUGCCCUGCCAGGACGAAAACAGCCGAACAGCCGAACCCAUACUGCAAGAAUCUAUGACAGAAUUUGCAAUGAAGCUCUAUUCCCACCUGAAACAAGAAGAGCCUUUGAGCAACAUACUCUUCUCUCCAGUCAGCAUCAGCGCCAUGCUCGCUCACCUGUUGUUAGGUGCAACGGGCAACACCCAUGGUGCUCUGAAGAGAGCGUUAUGUGUGCCUCUCGACUUCAACUGCGUUCACUCCCUGAUGAAGAAGCAGAAAGAGAAGAUGGGGCAGUCUUUGCAGAUGGCUUCCCAGAUUUACUAUAACCCACAAAUGAAUCUGAGUGAGUCCUUCCUUAGCCAGUCUUUUGAGUACUAUGGGGCAGAACCUACAAAACUGCUGGAGUCCAGUGAGGAAAACAUGAGGAUGAUUAACGCCUGGGUGGCAAACAAGACCAACAACAAGAUUACAAAUAUAAUCAAUGAUGUAUCACCAAACACUCAGCUGAUCCUCCUCAAUGCCGUGUCAUUCAGUGGUCAGUGGAAGUUUAAAUUUAAUGACAAGCCAAAGAAAGGAUUGUUUGUGAAAUUCGGUGGGGAUAUGGUAAGGGUGCCACUCAUCCAUCAUUCGAGAUACUUGGCAACUAUGACAUAUGCUCCUGACCUAAAGGCACAGGUUGGGAGGUUUGCUCUCACAGGUGACAACAGUCUCUACAUCCUGCUGCCAUUUGGCAACAAUCUGUCGGACCUGCAGCAGAUGGAGGACAAGAUGACGGACGUAAAUGUGCAUCAAAUAAUUGAGCUUGUAAAGGCGGUCCAGCCCCAGAACUUGGAGGUCACUCUGCCCCAAGUCAAGCUGGAUGUGGAGCCAAACAUGAACAUGCUCCUCAAGAAAUUAGGCCUGUCAUCACUUUUUGAGGGGCCCAGCCUGUGCGGCCUGUCCUCAAACGGCGAUCUGGUUUUGGAUGAUGCCAAGCACAAAGCCUUCCUCGCCCUGACCGAACGAGGAGUUGAGGCUGGCGCUGUCACCAGCUUGUCGUUCUCUCGCUCCUUCCCCACCUUCAGCGCUCUGCGGCCGUUCGUCUUGCUGCUGUGGAACGACCAGGCCAACGUGCCACUCUUUAUUGGCCGAGUGUUAGAGCCAUAAGAAGCAAAAUUGGAGAGAGGCACAUGAGCAGAAAACAAAUGGAGUCUGCCUGUCGAAGAGUAAACCAUGCAAGAUAGCAUCAGUUUAUUUCUGAAACUUGAUGCAGUAAGCGGUACCUUUUAAGAAGUACGGUGAAUGUUUAUGUGGUACACUUAUGACAAAUAAAUGAAAAAUACACAUAA